AUGGGCGCUGAGCAGAGACCUCUCAGCGCUCCCUUCUGCUCCAAACUCGAAUGUGUAAUUGUUUACAGAGACGCUGCAGACAUCUCACGUGUUACUGCUGUAACAUGCGGCUUCUCCGACGAGUCUCAGUCGACGCGCGUCAUCAUAGCAGUAACCUUUUUCUUUGUCGGCACAUCGGUCUUCGUUAUGCUCCGGACGUGGUCGAAGCUUCUGACACGAACCCUUUAUGCCGAAGACCAUAUUAUAACCCUCGCCGUGACACUGGCGAUGGCACCAUUUGUUUGCACUGUAUACAUGUCCGCAUUAGGCUUCGGCAGCCACCUGUGGAGCCUGAAGGAUGGUGCACUGCUACAGAUUCUCCGACUAUUCUACAUCUCCGAAAUCGUAUACGUGGUUGUGCUGGCCUUGAUCAAAGUCUCCAUCGUCACAAUGUACCUGCGUAUUUUCUGGGCAUACAGGCCAUUCUACAUCGCUUGCUACGUCGUGCUCACCUUUAUUCUCCUCUCAAGCUCCAUUGUUACGGUCCUUACGAUACUAUCCUGUCAGCCGGUCCAGUUCUUUUGGGAUAGGGACAUAGGUGGUUCCUGCCUGGACAUCACGGCCCUAGCCUAUGCCAACUCAGGUCUGGCUGUGCUCCACGACGUGACCAUUAUCGUUCUACCCAUAUUCAUGCUAUGGAAUCUCCAAAUGACCCGCAAAAAGAAGGUCUUCAUCGGUGUCAUGUUUGCUCUGGGCGGAAUCGGGCUUGUCGCCACUAUAGUCCGCCUGCAGACCCUGAGGGACUUCGGAACAACUCCUGACCCCAGUUGGGAGUGGGUACCGGUAGUAUACUGGACCAGCGUUGAGCUUUCCGCAGGAAUUAUUGCGUCUUGUCUUCCUGCUGUUGCAGAAGUCAAGAAGACCGUCUCGCAAAGGGUCGACUCCAGCAGCUGA